AUGGACUCUCCCCAGAAGCUGCUGAGCAUCGGAUUGCUGCUGUGCUCUCUGUCUUGCCUCUUGCCGGAGACUGUAACUUCCUCACCGUCGCCUUUAUCUGCCUUUGGAACAGAAGAUAAAGCAGGAUCAAAACUACGCUCGAGGGAAAAUCACAGGUCCUGGCUGAGCAACUUCAGGGAGUAUUUGGGGGAUCUCAUCAAGAGCUCCAUAUCUCCAGCAGCCAUUUUUGCUUUGCUUAUCAUCACAGCACUGAUGGGGACCCUCUGCUGCCUCACGUAA